AUGGCAAAUAAAUCGCUAAAAGUGCUAUUUGUGCCGCUUUUAAACGCGGGUCACGUGAAUCCCUGUAUAGCUAUUGCGGAACAGUUGAUAGAUAGCGGACACCGAGCGGUGUUUGCUGUGGACAGCGUUUGGUCGGGAAAACUGACCGCUUAUGGCAUCGAUGAGAUAGUAUUGGCCAAAACGGAUCGACCGCUUCAUUCACCGAACGAUACGCCGGACGCGACCCGAGAAAUGAUGGCAUCGGUUAUGUUUAGCGACGCGUCGGCCCUUCAGAAGGCUAUAAUCCGCGCAAAACACUCCGAUUUGUGGACAAAAUACGCAAUAAAAAUGGACAAACAGUUGGAGCGACUGUUGCCCGACAUUCGUCCCGAUGUUAUAAUCGUGGAUCAGUUGAUAGCACUGCCGGCGGUGGAGUUGUCGGGCAUACCGUGUGUGUGGGUCUGGAGCGGUGGCAUUCUUGAGAUGGUUAACGAUGAGAGGGCACCGCCUCGACAAUCAGGACUGUCCGCUACGGGAGACCAGAAAUUAUGGCAAGAAUUUCGGCAAAUCGUUAAAAAUAACGAGAAAGACGAGUGGCGGGCGUUCAACCACUAUGUGGUCGGUCGGGGCUGCGAACCACUGCCCGAAUAUUACUUCCAUAACCCCUCACAUUAUCUCAAUAUAUACGGCUAUCCCCUGGAGUUGGACUAUCAGGACAUCCGGCCGUUGGGCCGCAAUUUUGUUGAAUUUGAUCAUUUCAUGCGCACUGAACGGCACCUGACAUUUGCAGUUCCGCCAGAGUUGGCCGCAAAGCCGGGAAAAUUGGUGUACUUCUCGCUCGGCUCUAUUGCUUCAAUGGAUGUGUCAAAUAUGCGCCGACUUGUGGCCAUUUUGGCCAAAUCUCCGCAUCGGUUCAUCGUAUCAAAGGGUCCGUUGCAUAUGGACUACACUCUGGCCGACAAUAUGUGGGGCGAGGCGUCUGUGCCUCAGAUCCAAGUCCUGCCGCUCGUAGAUCUGGUGCUAACACACGGCGGCAUCAAUACUGUCACCGAAAGCCUAUACUUCGGCCGACCGAUGAUAGCUAUGCCUGUAUUCGGUGAGCAGUACGACAACGCACAGCGAUUGCAGGACAAGGGCUUUGGUCUCCGAUUGGACGCCUACCGGUGCUCAGAGAAGGAGUUGUUGGCAGCGAUUGAGACUCUACUGUCUGAUCGCCGAUUGACUGAACGCUUGGCCGAAGAUGCAUUCACCGCAUCGCACAACGUGGCCAAACAGUUUAUUAUCUCUGAUAACGACAUGUUAAAACAGAACACCAUCUACGAGUUGAUGAGUAAAUUCACCAAUCUCAUUAUUGUACAACUAGAUGAUAACGACAAAUUCACCAUGGUGCCCGACAACGCGUUUGGCAAUCAGCCAAAACUUAAACAAUUAACCAUUCGCUCGGCAGAAAAGUCUAUUGGGAGCCACGCGUUCAGUGGGUUAACCGGUUUGCGUACGUUAAACGUUAACUAUGACCAGUUGUCACACAUCAGCGCCAAUGCCUUUGCCAUCGAUAAGCACAGUAACGAGUCAUUGACUAUUAGUCUCAAUCGUAAUCUUCUUAAUGAAAAUAGAUUGUCGUUCCUAUUGGAUUAA